AUGAGGGUUGAUCAGGUAGAGAUUGAAUUUGAGAGGGACCCUACAUUGGAGCAUCGCGAUUUACUUCAUCAUGCAUAUGCUAAUUUGAAUCAGACCUUAGCUAUUGAUGAGGGUUUUUGGAAGCAAAAGGCUAGAUCUCAUUGGGUGUGUGAGGGAGACCACAACACCCGAUAUUUUCAUGCGAUGCCGGUGGAGUCCAUCCGUCCUGAUAUCAUACAUAGGAUACUGACAGAGGCAAACAAUAUGGCACUGAACCUUCUUUCUUUUAUUGAUGAGGUGCUGGAGGAUGAUGUGUAUAGUGUAAUCAUUGAUUUCUUUGAGGGUGGCCAUUUACCUCGAGGUUUUGCUGCUACGUCUAUUGUGUUGCUCCCGAAGAGGAGUGGUUUUGUCCCUGGUCAUCAUAUUGGGGACAAUAUUCUGUUGACUCAGGAGCUUCUACAUACAUUGAAUAAUAAAGUUCGAGGAGGAAAUUCUAUGUUAAAGCUUAAUACCGCUAAAGCAUAUGAUUGUAUUAAUCUUGUCUCUGAUCUCGUAUUUGCUGACAAUAUAAUUAUAUUUGCUAAUGGUCAAAAGAAGUCUAUCGGAAGGGUCAUCGAAUGCUUGGAACAUCAUGAAGGAGUGUCUAGACAAUUGGUGAUUAACGAGAAGAGUGUCCUUAUACUGCCCAGGCGGCCAUCAGAUAUUCAGAUUCGAAGGCUAGUGAUUUUGACAGGAUUUUCUCAUCUACGACUGUCAUUUACAUAUUUAAGAGUGCCGAUGUCUAAAGGGGCUAAGAGGAGUAUUCUAUUUGACGGCCUCAUUAUGAAAAUCAGGAGUAGGAUUUCUAGAUGGGCUUCUAGACUUCUUUUCCCUGGUAAUAGGAUGACUUUACUGAGAUUCCUAAGGGACUCUAAGGAUCAUGCACGGAGAUUACAUUGGCGGAAGUGGAAGGAGCUUUGCUAUCCUAUUGACGAGGAUGGAUUAGGUUUCAGAAGACUACAGGAUAAGUGGACACAUUAUCCAUGA